AUGACUUAUUAAAUAUUUAUUUAAACUCCAGAAGGCAGUCAUCUACAUUUCAUAGGAUCUGAUAUUAAUGAUAUAAAGGUUUUUGUAGGUUAGGAACUUGGAAUCCCAGAGGACAUACAAAAGUAUCAUAUAGGAGGAAGACUUUUAUCAAAUAUUUCUCAAUUGAGUGAUUUAUGCACAAUAACCUUGUUUUUGGGAUUAUAAGGUCAUGAAACUUGAAUAUUAUUAGGUGGUAAAGGUGGUUUUGGAUCAUUAUUGAAAAAUUAAGCAUAAACUAGAAGAAAGAUUAUAAAUUGGGAUUAAUCAAGAGAUAGAGAUGGUAGAAGGAUUAUUAAUUCUAAGAACACAAUUAAUUUAAUUAAUUAUUUCUAGAAUAAAAAGGAUGAACCAAAUAAAAUAAAGAAGGAAAGAGAUUAAGUUGAAUUAACUUAAGCAACAUUAAAAGCUAAUGAAAGUAACAUCAAAUUGGAUUAGGUAUAUAUUAGAAGAAACUAAUAAAAUGAAAAAAAUAUUGAAAAUUCAAUAUAAUAAGCAAAAGGUAAUUACAAGGCUAGGAAAUAGGCAGAGAAAGUAAAGGAAAAGGUAGAACUAGAUUUCUUAAAUGAAAUUGAUUAAUUUUUAGAAGAAGAAAAAUAAGAAUAAUAAUAAGAAUAAAUAAAUAAUAUAGAUGAAUAAAUUAAUAAAUCAGAAAAUGUUGGAACUGAAGAACCUUAAAUAUCUAAGAAAGUUAAAGUUUGAAAUUGAAUAUUAUCAUAAAUUAUAAAUUUUUAAUCAAAUAAAUGAAACAUGUAUUCAUCAAUAUAACUUAAAGGUCACUCAAUAAGAAUAUGGUAGUCCAGAAGUACUUAAAUUAGGAGAAUCAGAUAUACCAAAACCAUUAGAGAACUAAUCAUUAAUUGAGAUUAAAUCAACUUCAAUAAAUAGAGCAGAUACUUUAUAAAGGUAAGGGUUGUAUGCUAUACCCAAAGGAAGUACAACUAUAUUAGGAUUGGAAUUUGCUGGUUAUGAACUAGAUGAAAAUGGAAACAGAAUAAGAAAAGUUAUGAGUAUUUUACCAGGAGGUGGAUAUUCUUAAUUUGUGGUAGUAAAUAAAGAUCAUUUAAUUGAUGUUCCUGCUAAUAUCCCUUUAGAAAUUGUAAUGAGAUUAAUUUAAAUAGGCUGGUGGAAUUUGUGAGGUUUAUUUGACUGCUUAUCUUUUAUAUAAAUUAUCGGAUUUAAGAAAAGGAGACUCAUGUUUAAUUUAUGCUGCAGCAUCUGGGGUUGGAUAAGCAGCUUUGUAAUUGAGCAAUAUCUUUGGUAUCAAUGCUAUAGCUAGUUGUUCUAAAGGAAAAGUUGAUGCUAUAAAAAAAUACACAAAAAAUAUUAUCAUAAGAGAUGAAUCAAUUGAAGAAUAAUUCAAAUAAUUAAAAACACUUUUUCCUUAAGGAGUGAAUGCAAUAUUUGAUUGUAUAGGUAAACAGAAUUAUAAGUUAACUGUGGAUAGUUUAGCAAUAGAUGGAAAAUGGAUUUUGUAUGGUUUAAUUACAGGAGGAUUAAUUGAAAAUUUCAAUUUAGGAUCUCUAUUACAAAAAAGAAUAAGUUUAAUAAAUACAACAUUAAGGUAGAAUAUAAAAUAUAUUUUAAUAGAUCAAGACCUGAUGAUUUUAAGAAGAAUUUGAUAGCUGAAUUUAAAUAAUAUGUUUUACCAUAUAUUGCUAAUGGGGAUAUUGAGAUUCCAGUAGAUUCAAUAACAAAAAUAAAAUGGGAUCAAAAUGGAAUUAAUGAAUUUAUUAGAUUACAUACAGAAAUGGAUUAAAAUAAGAAUGUUGGCAAAUAGAUUGUAGUUUUUGAAUGA